AUGGCAGCCGGGAGGGUGUGCCAGCCGGGAGGGGAGAACAUCUGCCGUAACCCGGCUCUGCUGCAGCGGUGCGACACGCUGGGCCUGGCCGAGCUGGGCACCAUGUGUGACCCACGCGCCUCCUGCUCAAUCAUUCAAGACAACGGCCUCAGCGCCGCCUUCACCGUGGCGCACGAGCUCGGACACGUGCUCAACAUUCCACACGACGAUGACUCCAAAUGCCUGCCGUACAUGAGCGUCGACAAGAUGCACUUCGUCAUGUCCCGGAUGCUGGACCACAACACGUUCCCCUGGGCUUGGUCCAACUGCAGCCGCCACUAUCUCACCGAGUACCUCGACGCCGGGUACGGUGACUGUCUGCUAAACUCGCCCAACACCAACUACCUGCGCAACACGGGCCGCGGAGCACGCACAGACCUGGCAGGCGAGACGUAUGACGCCAGCCAGCAGUGCAAGUUCGUCUUCGGGGACCAGUUCGAGAUCUGCUCCUACAUGCCGGUCUGUAAGCGGCUGUGGUGCACCUCCGGCGAGGAGGAGGCCGGCUGCCGCACGCAGCACAUGCCGUGGGCGGACGGCACCGCCUGCGGCCCGGACAGGUGGUGUCAGCGCGGCGAGUGCCGACCGCGCUCGCCGCAGGCCGACACCGUGCACGGCGCCUGGGGCGAGUGGGGCGAGUAA